AUGCAGAUGUUCACCGAUUUCGUUCAAUCAGAACUAACAGAAGAUCAGCUGCUCCCUGUUCUCCGGCGUCUGCUUCCAAUUCUGCUGAGCAUCUUGGGUGAUCAGCACCAUUCACCUCUUACGCGCGCUAGGACAGUUGCUGUCUUUAGGCAAUGCGUAGAGUCACUCUACAUGGUCAAGGAUGCACACCCAGAACCCGUGAAAGAGGCAGCUUCGUCUGUGCUCCCUGUCUGGCUGGAUGCAUUCCGCGUGCUGCUGAACAUUGAUCCGAAGCUCGACGUGGAGAACAAGCCAAACUGGGAUGGUCUAGCUAUCAGGGUUCAGGUUGUCAAGGCCCUGGACAUCAUUCAUACUGCCUUCCCUCGUGCUCUUGCGCCGUACAUUUCAAAUUUUCUCACCGCAUCGCUCGGGCAGUUGCACGAUCUCUUCCCCACUUUCCACCAGCAUUACGUUCUUGCCACCGACGCGGUGCCCCUCUCUUCCGAAGACGAAAAGAUUGAGCUCUCACAGCUCGCAAGCUCGACCCUCGACUUCCUGGCGACUACAGCACGCGGAAAGGGCAAAGACUGGUUCAACGAAGCAAAUCUCCACCAACUCACUGAGAAUAUUUUCAACUGGACGGAGAUGACUGCUGAUGAGGAGACAGAGUGGGCAUCAGACGCCAACGCCUUCGUCGCACAAGAAUCCGAGGAGUCGACAUUUUACAGCGUGCGCGUCGCAUCCUGCGACCUGCUCGAUAUUCUUGUCGACCGCUACCCUCAGCGCGUGCUGCCUGCCAUCCAGAGGAACCUCGCCAACGUCAUUGCAAAGUCGAGCCAGGCGAACAGCACAGGCAAUGAGGAAUGGUGGCGCCCGCUCGAAGCGGCGUUCACAGCCGUCGGUGCAGUUGCUGCGACUGUGCUAGAGGUCCUCGAAGACGAGAAGACCGCUGGGCGUCAGCCGAGUUUGGACUUGAACCACCUACUUGUUAGCGUCGUGCCGGGCAUUCUAACGCAGUCGCAGUAUUCCUUCAUGCAGGGACGUGCAUUCGUCCUCGCGAGUCAGUUCUCAUCUGUCCUUCCCGAUUCUGUCGCGGGACAAUACAUUGACGCUGUCAUCUCCGUUCUUGAGGCCAAGGAGGUUAGCAUCCCCGUCAAAGUCUCUGCUAUCCGGGCAGUCCAAGGGUUCUGCAAAAACUGCUCUGACUCCGAGGUCUUCCCACGUGCGCCGAGGAUCUGUAGGAGCAUCGAGGGCUUCAUUCCUAUAACCUCUUCGGACACGCUUACGCUUGUGCUUGAUGCACUUUCUGCGCUGCUGCUUGUUCACAAGGGCGCAUGGCUUACCGUGGAACUCGCAGAGACAGUCGUGCCCGCAAUACUGAAUGUCUGGGGUAAGGGCGUACAGGACCCACAUCUCAUGGCGAUCACCUCGGCACUGCUUACCCGCCUCGCCUCCGUCCCUACUCCUGGUGUAUACGCUACCGUUGUUCGGCAGACGCUCGCACCGUUGUGCACCGCGCUCGCCAAUGCCGCGACUGAGGGCCAAGAGCGCUUCCUGGCGAGUGCAGCGCUCGAGCAGCUGUGCGGUCUGCUGCAGGGUGCUCCCACAGAGGGUGGCGUCGGCGAAGGUUUCGUCGCCCAGCUUGGCCCUGUGCUCUUCACCAAAAUCAGGCAGGUACAGGAUCGGGAUGCCAUCCAGUACGCAAUCACGGCUCUGACGCUGCUUGUGCGCAAGGAUACGCCACAGAUCGUGGCAUGGCAGGACCGCGCGGGCAAGACGGGACUCGACCAUAUUCUCGAACUCAUCGCGUGGCAAUUGCAGUCAUCUGACGAGUCUGGCAGCCUGUUCAUCGGCGACCUCAUCAUUCAUCUAAUGCGCCGUGCGGGCGAUGCGAUUGUACGCAUUCUUCCCGAGCUCCUUGAGGCGAUGGUGCGCCGCAUGGCCACAGUGAAGACGGCAACAUUCGUGCAGAGUCUGGUUAUCCCUUUCGCGUACCUUAUCCAUACUGGCCACCGCGAUACCGUUCUUAACCUCUUGCAAGGCAUCGCGGUCCCAGUUUCUGGGGUAAACAAGUCUGGUCUCGAAGUGCUUCUGCUGACCUGGACGGAGAACGCAGAGACAAUUCAAGGUCUUUGGGCAAGCCGCGUCAGCACACUUGCGCUUAUGGACCUCUUCGUUGCGUCUUUCAUGGAGAGCGGUGAGCGCUUGCGGAAUGUCACGGUAAAGGGCGAGCUCAUCGUGCGUGCCGAGACAAGGAAUGUGAUCAUGACCCGCUCGCGCACGAAACAAAUGCCUACUGAGUUCACUUCCGUGCCUUUCCCAAUCAAGGCUCUCAAGCUCGUCCUCGCUGAACUGGAGUCCGACGGGGAGCCAGCGUCGCUCGGCUACGGCGGCAUUGGCCAGCACGAUGUCGACCGCGAUCUCGAAAGUGAUGAUGGUGACGACGACUGGUCCGACGCCGAAGACGUCCCCGCACGUCUCGAGCCUGCUGGUGCGCUCAACACGGGCGAGAUAGCAUACGUCAAGGAGAUGCUCGGUGGACAGGAAGUCUCACAGGAAGUAUUUGCUGCUCUCAGCGGUGGACCCGGUAUCACUGCUGGAAUGCCGAGCUUCGCGGACUUCGAUGAUGGUACUUACUACGAGGGCGAUGAUGAGGAUCUGAUGAAGGAUCCUAUCAUCCAGGUCAAUAUGCAGGCGCAUGUUGUGGCCUUCCUCCGCGAUGCGGCAUCCCGUAACUCUCCUGAAUUCGCUGCCGUCGUGAACCAGCUCAAGCCGGAGGAGGUUGAGGUGGUCAAGAACGCAGUCGGUGCAUAAUGGAAUAGUAAACUUUUGGCCCAGUGUAUUUAACUAGUCGUGACGAGAUGAUCACGGUUAUCUGUGAAUGAAAGCGGGAUAUACC